GAUUCGCAAUGCAAAUUUCUCUGAGCAACACAAAAGUGACAUGUCAAUAAACCACGACCGAGUUUCUUGCACAAAUUAAAUCUUUUCUAAUCACUAAGAUCAUAGUUAGAAUGUAUGUUUGGUCAUUGGUGUUGUUUCUGCUUUUGGUCACCUUGAAGUUAUCAUCCGCAGAUGAGCAUAAUCACAUCUAUGAAGACCAAGAAGAAGUGGUUCUGUGGAUGAAUACUGUUGGUCCUUAUCACAAUCGACAAGAGACUUAUGCAUAUUUCUCAUUGCCAUUCUGUAUUGGCAGCAAACAAAGUAUUUCUCAUUACCAUGAGACAUUAUCAGAAGCACUCGAAGGAAUCGAGUUGGAGUUUAGUGGAUAUGCGAUAGAUUUUAAAGAAGACGUUCCACCGAAAACAGAGACAUGUAUGGUGGAAUUAUCAGAAGAGAAGUAUAAAGCAUUUGUGUAUGCUGUGAAGAAUCAUUAUUGGUUCCAAAUGUACAUCGAUGGGUUGCCGAUCUGGGGAGCUGUUGGAAAGGAGCACGAUAAGAAAUUCUAUAUUAACACUCACAAGAAAUUCGACAUUGGAUAUAAUGGAAAACGCAUCAUCGAAGUGAAUCUAACAAACGAGAAUGAACAGCUGUUGCAUGUUGGAGCUCACCUUUCAUUUACUUACGAAGUCAAUUGGCGACCAACAACUGUUGAGUUCAAAGAUCGCUUCGACAAGUAUCUUGACCCAAAUUUCUUUCAACAUCGCAUCCAUUGGUUCAGCAUCUUCAACAGCUUCAUGAUGGUCAUCUUCCUGGUUGGUCUCGUGUCAAUGAUUCUCGUGAGAACUUUAAGAAAAGAUUAUGCGAGAUACAGUAAAGAUGAAGAGAUGGACGACGAACAUGAUUUGGGUGAUGAAUAUGGUUGGAAGAAUAUUCACGGUGACGUCUUUCGUUCAUCUUCGAAUCCUAUUUUAUUCACAUCUGUGAUUGGCUGUGGAUAUCAACUUACCAGUGUCGUGUUAUGUGUGACAAGCUUUGCAAUUAUUGGAGAUCUUUAUACGGAACGUGGAUCUCUUCUGUCAACUGCCAUCUUCGUUUAUGCCGCAACAUCGCCUAUCAAUGGAUAUUUUGGUGGUUCUCUUUACUCUCGAAUGGGAGGCAGAAUUUGGAUUCGUCAAAUGCUUUUGUCAGCUUUUCUCAUUCCAAGUUUCGUAUGUGGCACUGCGUUCCUCAUUAAUUUCAUUGCAAUCUAUUAUCAUGCAUCACGAGCAAUUCCUUUCGGUACAAUGUUGGCUGUGACUUGUAUUUGUCUCUUUGUCAUCCUUCCAUUGACUCUUGUGGGAACAAUUGUAGGACGGAAUUUGAAUGGCCAACCUGAUCAUCCAUGUCGAGUGAAUGCCGUGCCUCGACCAAUACCAGAGAAGAAAUGGUUCAUGGAGCCUCUCGUCAUCACUUUACUUGGUGGAAUUCUUCCAUUUGGUUCUAUCUUCAUUGAGAUGUAA